AUGGAUCAAGAUGCUGCUGAAGGAAUUCCAGGUUCCGGAGCAUUCGGGGUUGUGGCAAGGUGCAAAAACAAGUUUGAUCAAAAGCACAGUGCUAUUAAGAAAAUUGCAAUUGGCUCAACACCUGAUGAUUGCUUUGAAUCUGUUAUAAGGGAGGCACGCAUUUGGUCUCUGCUUGACCACCGCAAUGUAGUCAAGUACCAUGGGUGCUGGGUUGAGACGGCAUUUUGGGGAGGACACGAAGGUGGUUUCAUCGCUGAAGAGAAAAAGCCUUGUUUGUAUCUGAAGCUGGAAGCCUGCGACAGUUCUUUAGCUGCCCAAACAAUUAAUGAUUUGAAGAAGAUCUGUGACAUAGUACAAGCUGUAUUGAAGGGACUUGUUUAUCUUCAUUCAAAGGGAAUCGUCCAUGGAGAUAUUAGAGCAGCAAACAUUUUGAUUAGUGAUGGAAAAGCCAAAAUAUGUGAUUUUGGACGAGCCAGUCAUGGCACUGAUCUCGAUCAGAAACAGGACAUUAAGAAGUUUGGGUUACUUAUUGUUGAAAUGCUCGAUCCAAGUGCAUUGCCAGAUGCAAGAUUACGAAGCAGGUUUCCUAAAGAGUUCAAGGCAUUAGCUGAACAACUUGAAGAGAUGACAGCCCCCAACCCGGAGACACGACCAACCUCUGCAGAACUUCUGCGGCAUAAGAAGAAGUUAAUCAAAGCUAUAAUGGGGAUAGAGCUUCGAUGAGGAUACUGUGAAUUCGAUAUAGAACUUGUCUUGUAUGAGAG